GGCUAAGGAGCCAGAGGGAGUCAGGGGGAGAGGGAGCGCCGUCUCGUGGUGAUUCACUGCUGGCCACUCUCAGAGCAGGAUUUAUGGCACACAGCUGUUAAGUGGCUGACAGACGUGUGAGGAGCUCAGGCACUGCUGCUUCUCAGGCUCCUGUACCAGCUCGAGCUCUGCUUAUUGUAGCUUAGGAUAGACGACUGCUCUGUCUCAACACUAAACACCAGCAGAUGGUGCGGGAGCAGUAUGUCAGCACCACCCGGGGCAGCGACACGCCCAGGCCGGUGCACGACCAUGUCUACAAGAUUGGCAUCUAUGGCUGGAGGAAGCGCUGCCUCUACCUGUUCAUCUUGCUGCUCAUCAUCAUCCUGGUGGUCAACUUUGCUCUCACCAUCUGGAUCCUGCGGGUGAUGUGGUUCAACACGGAAGGCAUGGGAUACCUGCAGGUUCACUCAGAUGGUGUGAAGCUGGAGGACGGCGAGUCUGAGUUUCUGCUCCCCGUCUACGCUCAGGAGAUCCACUCCAGAGAAGACUCUUCACUUCUGGUGCACUCGUCAGACAAUGUUUCCCUUAACGCCCGUAAUGAAAAUGGUGAUGUCACAGGGAGGAUAUCAGUGGGUCCAAAAGAGACUCAGGGACACACUCAAAAUCUGCUCAUUAACUCCAACAAUGACAACAUGCUGUUUAGUGCAGAUGGUGAACAGGCUGUGAUUGGACCAGACAAACUCCGAGUCACAGGUCCAGAGGGGGCACUGUUCCAGCAUUCAGUGGAGGUGCCAAUGCUCAGGUCUGAACUUUUCAAAGACUUGAGGUUGGAGUCUCCUACUCGAUCUCUCAGUAUGGAUGCCCCGAAAGGAGUUCACAUCAGAGCCUUAAACGGCAACAUUGAAGCUGCUUCCAACAUGGAUGUCAUCCUGCAGUCUAGUGUUGGACUGCUGGUGCUGGACGCUGAGACGGUGCGGAUGCCAAAUCUCCCCCUGAGUGGAGGAGGCGUUUCUGGAGCGACGCAGAGUCUCUUCGAGGUCUGCGUUUGUCCCAGUGGCAAACUCUUCCUGUCCAAGGCUGAGGUCCUCUCCACAUGCAGUGAGAAUCAGGACUGCUAGAUUGACUCUGAUAAGGUAACUUUGUUCUCUUAGUGGGGGAAUCGUCUGAGCGGCAACAAGCACAACUGUUUAUAUCCAGCCUUUUUUUUUUUUAAAAGGUUUAUACCACAGAAAACCUAUGGUGAUCCCAUUGGUGUAAAAAGACAAAUAGCUGCUGGCAUACAUGCUGGAAACGUCAUGAAAUGCAGUUUUAGUUGCAUUUAUAGUCUUCUAACUAUUUUAGCUGAGACAAACUGGCACUCAGAGGCAAAUGUAUCUUCAUUAGUUUUGCGGGAAACCUUUUCGACACACACAGUAUCAUGGCUGGGCGAUGAGGAGCUGGUAACAGCUUACAUCCUAUGCAAUAUUAUCUUGUGGUGCAAUAAAUGAAAGAGAUAUAUCAAGGGCAUGGAAAUAGAAAAUGAAUGUCCCGAAUGGUGAUUUUUAUUGUUUUAUGAGCCCGUUUGGCUCCAGGCCCUUGGUAAUCUGUAUUAUUGUUUUGCUGUUGAGCAUGCUUUUAUUCAAUUGGAGAAAGAAAUUAAGAAAUGCUGGUUUUUCAAUUUCUCAUUGUUAUAGAUCAUUCUGAGAUGUGAUUUGUUUUUCUAACUCAUAUUCAGAUACAACUCUUAGCAAUGGACUAAUUUCUUCUUUGUUUCAAUUGAUUCAUGAAAUUUGAUAUUAAAACACUUUUGAGUGUUAUUAGUGUGGUUUUCACAUAUUAUGUUAUUGUGUGUUUCUCCAGUUUUUUUAAAAAAAGAAGAAGAUUAUAUAUGUUUGGCCUGUUAUUUUUUAAUCCUUCACAAGCAUGUAAUUAUGCAUUACUUACAAGAAUUAAACCCUUUUUUUGUUUUUGCAAGUAAGUCUGUGUUAGUCCAAUCAGCCUUCUGUGCAGCCAGUCAGUCAAACAAGUGUCUAAUAAUUACAGCACUUGGAUUGCAUGCAUUCAUUUUUCAUUCAGAUUAGCAUACAUUUAUGCUACUUUUCUGGAGUACAUUUUGAAUAAUCAACAACCUCAUGGUGUUGUGUUAUAAGUUAGUUUUUUUCACCUCUGUCCUGGCAUAUUUUGAUAAAAGUGUUUAAUGUGUAUUUAUUACUUGUGUAUGUUGAAUAAACUGAUAUUCUUCUA